CGCGAGAACAUGCGACCUAUCAAAAGACCUGAAUCAAGAGAGGCGUUUCAGCACCAUUCUCUGGGAGAGUAUUUUUUAUAGUCUAUGGAGUAGACGCGACAUUUGCCGCAAGUAGAAAGGAGUGGAGCGAUUGAGAACGAAAACGCUUCUUUCAUGUGGAUUACUUCUGGAAAAAAUAAACCCCUACCAAAAGCGGAAACUAGGUCGCUGUCUACAGGACCCAACCCAUGAUGUACAGUGCCUGCUCUACAGUCCCACCCACUUCCUGUCUGUAGAGGAAGCGGCUCCACCAGUAUGUCUUCCCACCCCCAGUCUGUGCCUCAGGGCCGGAGGACUGUGGACACCCGCCACCUGCCAAACCCUGCCAGUCUACCACUGCAGCUGGCACGGGCACACACGGAUGUGGGUUUGGCGGACUAUCACCCUCACUCUCGGGACUACAGCUCCCACCUGGCUCAGCCCCACCGCCGCAGACCCUCUCUACUGUCCGAGUUCCAGCCAGGGAAUGAGAGAGGUCAGGAGCAACAUAUCCGCUAUGAGCACAUAUACCUGCCCGAUCCCAACAGCCUAUCAGAGGUGGAAUAUGCUGAGAUGAAGCGUCCUCGGCUGGACAUGGGGGCGGAGUCUCUCAUGAGGCACUCAGCCCACCGCCCACAACUUCCUCUGGGAGGGGCAGAGGACAUGUCAAAGGACCGGGGCAGCUCCAUGGGGAAGCUGGAGCCAAUCUCCCCCGUCAGCCCGGCCCAGAUGGACCCUGAUCUGGACCUGGUGCCCGCUCGCUUCUCCAAGGAGGAGCUCAUCCAGAACAUGGAUCGUGUGGACCGGGAGAUUACAAUGGUGGAGCAACAGAUCUGCAAGCUGCGCAAGAAACAGCAACAGCUGGAGGAGGAGGCAGCAAAGCCCCAGGAGCCGGAGCGGUCCAUGAUCUCCCCUCCGCCCAGCGAGGCCAAGCACCGUAGCCUGGUGCAGAUAAUCUACGACGAAAACAGGAAAAAGGCAGAGGAAGCUCACUGGAUUCUGGAAGGACUGGGACCCCGAGUAGAACUGCCACUGUACAACCAGCCCUCCGAUACCAAGCAGUACCAUGAGAACAUCAAAAUAAACCAGGCGAUGAGGAAGAAGCUCAUUCUUUACUUCAAGAGGAGAAAUCAUGCUCGUAAGCAGUGGGAACAGAAGUUCUGCCAGCGCUAUGACCAGUUGAUGGAGGCCUGGGAGAAGAAGGUGGAGCGCAUUGAGAACAACCCCCGGCGCCGGGCCAAGGAGAGCAAGGUGCGCGAGUACUACGAGAAACAGUUCCCUGAGAUCCGCAAGCAGAGGGAGCUGCAGGAGCGCAUGCAGAGCCGGGUGGGGCAGCGUGGAGGGGGAUUGGCCUCGUCUUCAGCCCGCAGUGAACACGAGGUCUCUGAGAUCAUCGACGGCAUAUCAGAGCAAGAGAACACCGAGAAGCAAAUGCGUCAGCUGGCGGUCAUCCCUCCCAUGCUAUUUGACGCAGAGCAGCAACGUAUCAAGUUCAUCAACAUGAACGGCCUGAUGGACGACCCCAUGAAGGUGUACAAGGACCGGCAGGUCAUGAACAUGUGGAGCGAGCAGGAGAAGGACACCUUCCGUGAGAAGUUCAUCCAGCACCCAAAAAACUUUGGCCUGAUUGCUUCUUUCCUGGAGAGAAAGACGGUGGCAGAGAGUGUCCUCUUCUACUACCUGACCAAAAAGAACGAGAACUACAAGAACAUUGUGCGCAGGAACUAUCGGCGCCGUGGCAGGAGCCAGCAUGGCCAGCAGCAGCAACAACAACUGCAGGUGAACCGCAGCAGCCAGGAGGAGAAGGAGAAGGAGAAGGAGAAGGAGAAGGAGAAGGAGAAGGAGAAGGAGAAGGAGAAAGAGAAGGAGAAGGAGAAAGAGGAGGGAGAGAAGGAUGAGGAGAAGACUGAGGGGGAAGACAAGGAGGAUGUAAUGAAGGACGACACCUCCGGCGAGGACGGGGAGGACAAAGAGCCCACGGUGGCUUUCAAGGGUCGACGCACGGCCAACAGCCAGGGCCGGCGCAAGGGCCGCGUCACCCGCUCCAUGACCAGCGAGGUGGAGGAGACCGCCACUCCACCGCUCAGCAGCGAACUCGCCAAUCUGGAGAUGAAUGAGAGCUCUCGCUGGACUGAAGAGGAGAUGGAAACCGCCAAAAAAGGUCUUCUCCAGUAUGGUAGGAAUUGGUCAGCCAUCGCCAAGAUGGUUGGCUCCAAAACUGUGUCACAGUGCAAGAACUUCUACUUCAACUACAAGAAAAGGCAGAAACUGGAUGAGAUUCUGCAGCAGCAUAAAAUGAAAUCGGAGAGAGAGCGUAAGGCGCGGCGUAAAGGCAAAGCCCUACAAAGUGAAGAGGCCAGCGCCCCGUCUGCUGCCGAGGAAGAGGAGAUGGAGGGUUCCGGGGCCAGCGGCAACGAGGAGGAAGCUCCCGAGGAUGGAGAAGGUGGGGCUAACAACAGCUCAGACACAGAGAGCCUGCCCUCUCCGCGUUCCUCUGAGGACAGCAAGGCUAAAGAGGAGGGUGUCGGUAGGGCCAAGGCUGGCUCCAAACCUGGGGACAAGGAGGCCUCAGCCUCCCACAUGGUCCAGGGAGGAGAUGAAAAGCCCCUAGGAGAUGGGGACAAGGCCAUCAAGCAGGAGGUGAAGACUGAAGCAGGGGAGGGUAGCAAGGAGCUACCCAGUGAAUCCACAGAUGGAGACAGAAAGCCCCCCACUGCAGAGGCAGAGGAGAGCAAGAGCUCCUCCAAGAGCUCCAAGAGGGACCACGAGCCCAAGACUGGCUCCCAUGCAGACAGUGACUCUAGCGCCACCUGCAGCGCUGAUGAGGUGGAGGAGUCGGAGAACACCGAGAAGAACAGGAUGACGUCCCCAAACCGGCCCAGCCUUCUAAACUAUGCUCAUGAUGGGGUCAUCUCCUCCCCCCUGCAGAAGCCCAUGGACCUGAAGCAGCUCAAACAGAGGGCUGCGGCCAUCCCCCCUAUUAUGCCCCAGAUCCCGGAGGGUGGCCCGCGGGGUGGGGUUGGUAAGGCCGUGCUGCCCCCCCAUGCCCUGGCUCUCUACCAGCAGCAGAUCACCAUGGCCCACGGAGAGUCCUCCCAGGAGGCCAAGCAGCAGCAGCAUGCAGGUCAGCCCAGCAAACAGCACCCUUACCCAGCGCAGGGAGACAGAGACCCCCACAACAUCAGCAGCCCUCGUGUCCGCCCACGCAGCCCCUCCACCAGCGACAAGGACGAGCUGGAAGGCAACGAGAGGUGGCUGCAGACUCUACUUCACGGAUUACAUAAGUCCCGGGCCUUCUCUCCUCACGGAGACCCUAAGAAGCAGGCGGUGGGGCCAGAGGACCUGAGGGCCACUACCCUGGGCCGGCCUGUCAUGUCCCCCUACCCAAUGUCCCCUCGAGACAUGGCCAAGCUCAGCCACGAUCAACACCUGCUCCACUAUAACUCAUCUUUCCAGCAGGUUGGCCACUCUGGACCCCCUGGUCUGCAGCAGGAUGGCAUCAGGUUGGCAGCGGUGCGCCCCCUCCACAUGCCAGAGCCACCCCCUCUCAUCUCCUCCAACAAGCCAGGGGGGUCUAUCACACAGGGAACCCCAGUGCAGCUGCAUAGCCCGGCUCACGGGAUGGACCAUGGGAAGAUGCCCCCUGCACAGAUGGGUUUGUCCUGGAUGGAUCAGAGGAAAGUGGGUCCCUACCCUGUGGUGAAGCAGGAGCAGCUGUCCCCGCGGUGCUCGUCCUCCCAGGCAGAGAACCUGUCCACGCAGGGGGCGCCCCACGACGCCAACGCUGGACGUGGGUCCAUGGCAGCGGUGCAGGGGGGCAGCAUCACGAAGGGCAUCCCUGGGACCAGAGUUCACCAGGACUCCCCCAUCUCCUACCGAGGAGGCUCCAUCACCCAGGGCACCCCGGCUGACGUUCUGUACAAGGGGACCAUAACCCGUCUGAUCACGGAAGACAAUCCCAGCAGGGCAGAGAGGGAGCGGGACGAGGCCCUGUCCAAAGGACAUGUGGUCUAUGAGGGCAUCAGCGGACACAUCCUCACCUAUGACCGCCUACCCUCUCAGAACCCUAAAGAAGACGGCCGGGGCCAGCCUGGGGAGAUCUUGGGGCUGAAGCGCCCCUAUGAUGUCAUGGAGGGAGGGAUCUCCAGGGGGCUGCCCAUGAGGGACUCUCUGUCUGCAGCCAACUGUGAGGGUCUGAUGGGUAGAGCCAUGCCCCAUGAGAGAGACAGCCCACACCCGACCCACCACAUCCGUGGUUCCAUUUCACAGGGUAUCCCCCGUCACCUGGAACCCCAGGAUGGCUACAUGAGGCGAGAGCCCAAGCAGAUGAAGAGAGAGGGCUCCCCGCCCCGAGGGCCUAGCCAGAUGGCUGACCCCAUGAAAGGCCGAGACGGCAUGGUGCCCACCGUGAAGGAGGGGGGCCGAUCCAUCCACCUCAUUCCCAGAGAGGAGCUCCGACAGAUGCCCGAAGGCAUGAUGAUGGCCAAGGCUGGCAAAGAUGGCAUCAUAGCACAGGGUGCUCCAAUGAAGCAGGAGCAGGGUGGCUUAAGGAAGGGGCAUGACGUUCGUUCCAUCAUCGCCAGCUCCCCGCGCUCCCACUACAGCAUGCCCCCUCACCUGGAGAUGCGGGGGCCUGAGCAGCGGGGCCGCUACGAGGAAGGUCCUAAGGGUCGGCCCAGCGCUGUGGUCAGCACGGCCAGCUCCAUGGCCCGCUCCUCGCCUCUGGCCAUGGGGGGCGAUCAGGGUGGCAAGGCCCACCACAGCCCCGUUGGCUACGAGGAACACAAGGGUGGCAUGAGGGCUCCCUACACUGGGCCUUCUCACAGAGGAUCCCCGCUGUCCAGAGAAUCAGGCCAGCGGCAGCAUGAAGGCUCCAAUAAGAAUCAGCCUCAGGAGCGCAAGUCCACACCCACCCCUAGGGAGAUGAGCUCCGGCAAGUCACCGCUGUCGGGCGUUGCCGAGCAGCAGGCCCAACAACAGGCCCAACAACAGGCAUCCCUGGCGUCGUACGAGCGUCUGCUGCAGGGUCUGGGGGCUGACGUGUACCGAGGUCAGAUCCCCCUGGCCUUUGACCCUGCUGCCCUGCGUCAGGGCAUCCCCAUCGACCCAGCCUACUACCUGCCUCGUCACCUGGCCCCUAACCCUGGCUACCCUCACCCCUACCCCUACCUGAUCCGGGGCUUCCCUGACACGGCGGCCCUGGAGAACCGCCAGACGCUGCUCAACGACUACAUCACCUCCCAGCAGAUGCACCAGUGGCCUGCAGCCGCCGCCAUGGCUGCCCAGCGCUCAGACCUGCUGAGGGGGCUCUCACCACGGGACCAGCCCCUCCAACUGCCCUACUCUGCUGCCCCGCGCGGGUCUUCCGGCUCCCCCAUGGACCGCAUCACCUACAUCCCUGGAGCCUUCCCUAGCCAGCCAUACACCUCCUCUCCCAUCUCACCAGUUGGGCCCCAACACAUGAGCAAGCAGCAUGGCACACCAUCCUCUGCUGACCGCGAGCGGGAGAGAGACCGGGAGAGAGACCGCGAGAGGGAGCGGGAGAGAGACCGCGAGAGGGACAGGGAGCAGGAGAGAGAGAGGGAGAGGGAUCGCGAGAGACAACGGGACAGAGACAGAGAGCGGGAGAGAGAGCGGGACAGGGACAGAGAAAAGGGGAUCUCUCACGGCAACGUGGAACACGCCCCCAUCUGGAGACCAGGUACAGAGCACAGCUCAGGUGGUAGUGUCAGGCCCUCCUCCCACUCUGGCUAUGGCCACCAGCACUCCCCGGUGUCCCCUCGCACCCAGGACAGUGUCCAGCAGAGGCCCAGCGUCCUGCACAACACUGGGGGCAAGAGUCUGCCUGUCAGCGACCACAACAACCCCUCUGUGCUAAGGUCCAUGCCAGGCUCAAAUCGCUACCCAGGCUACGCCUACCAACAAAGCAUGGACUCUAAGGAAAUGGGCCGGGAUGGGGGCAAGAGUAGGGGAGGCCUUCCCAAACACACCCAAGACCAACAUGGGCCCUCUAUAUCCUCCAGCAAAUCUGACCCCAAGCUGGCCAGCCCUAACCAAGGGGGUUACCCCAGCCCCUACCCCCAGGGCUCUUCAGCCUCUCACCACUCAGGGCGACCCCCUCACCUGCUGCCCCCCCAGUCGGAUAACGCUGCUGGCCGCGGAGAAAGUGGCACACCUAGUAGGGAAAAGACUCAAAACAAACCGAUGUCCGUUCAGGAACAAGAGCUCCGAUCACUCGGUAAGACCACCAUGACUGCGGCCAACUUCAUAAACGCGAUUAUCAUGCGUCAAAUUUCUUGUGAAACGGGGAUGCCAGAGACGGGCUCGCUCGUGGCCAACAGCGCCAGUGAUGGUAAGACGCUCUGGAUCCCAGGGUCCCCUCAUCACCCAGACCCUCCCCUCGUCCGUCUGUGGCCUAUUGCACGCUGUGGUGGUUGGGCAUUAUCAAAUCAGUCCAAAUUAUUUUUGACAUUUAUUUUUUUUGUGUUCUUUUCUACGCUAUGCUAUUUUUUUGUAAAACUGAAUUUUCACCUUCUUUGUCCCCUCUGUGUGUACAUGGUGGUGCUGCUUAAUGUGUGUGUGUGUGCGCUGUGGGCACCACCCUGUGUGUAUUGUCCUGUCCCCUCAGUUCAACAGAAGAUGAUGCCCAUGGAGCAGCACGGUCUGUACCGGCCUCCCUCUGAGGAGAGGCUGUCCCCGGGCCAGCAGCCCCAGUCCCCCCUGGUCAAAGGCAGCCAGAGGGUGGUCACCCUGGCCCAGCACAUCAGUGAGGUGAUCACCAAGGACUACACCCGGCAGAGCCAGCAGGCCCAGCAGCAGGUCCCUAUGCAGCAGUCUUACCAUAGCAACUCUGUCCUGGACCUGACCCGGCCCCCCAGCGCCCCCCAGGCCCCCCCUGCCUCCCAGGAGCCCAGCCAGGGGCCUCGCUACACUCCAGAGGGAGCCGGCGGGGAUCGUGCCCGAGACAGGUCCCCUCCUCAGCCCAAGGUGUCACCUGUCAAUAUGUCUACAGACGGCAUUGAGCCCGUGUCCCCUGCCGGAGCCAUGUCUGAACCAGAGACACAAGGGGCCUCCUACCCCAACGAGCAGGGCAUGGGCUCUCGCUCCCCUCCCAGCACCUCCCAGCCCCCAGCCUUCUUCAGCAAGCUCACUGAGAGCACCUCGGCCAUCGUCAAGUCCAAGAAACAGGAGAUGAUCAAGAAGAUGACCGUGGUCGGCAGUGACGCCGACUUCAAUCCUGGUCAGCCAGGAACAGAGAUUUUCAACAUGCCUGCCUCUACCACUGCAGGACCUGUGAGUAUACGCAGCCACCCGGCUCCCGAGGUGUCUGGUAACACCAUAGGGCUGGAGGCCAUUAUCAGAAAGGCCCUGAUGGGAAAGUAUGAUGAACAGGCCGAGGAGCGCCCUCCCUCCUCCAAUGCUAUUAACCCCAUGGUUGCCAGUGUGCCUGCCGCUAUGCUCCCCAGUGAUGGACGGACGGAGGACUCUUACUCACUGCAAGGUGGGGGGAAACCAAAGGGCAGCGGGCGUUCUAACGGGCGGAAGGCCAAAUCCCCCGGGCCUGGCCUGUCAGGGGGGGAGAGACCCCCCUCUGUGUCCUCUGUCCACUCUGAGGGGGAUGCCAACCGCCGCACGCCCGUCACCAACCGUGUCUGGGAGGACCGGCCCUCCUCCACAGGCACAACACCCUUCCCGUGUAACCCCCUGACCAUGCGUUUCCCAAGUGGCAUGCCGGUGUCAAACCCCUCCCCCACCCCUUCUGGACAGAUAGGGGCUCAGGGCCAGGGCCGGUCCUGGGAGGAGGAGCCCAAGCCCCUGCUGUGUUCUCAGUAUGAGACCCUGUCUGACAGUGAGUGAGAGACCCUGCCAUGGAACAGAACAGCACCCGCCAACUAACCACCUCCACUGCUGCUGCAGGCACACACGUCACACACACACACACACACACACACACACACACACACACACACACACACACACACACACACAUCAUUCCACUCUACAGCUCCAUCUCCACCCAGCAAGGGAGUACGACAGGACCUGACCUCUGGGCCUCCCAUCUCACACAGCUGACUGACGAUCACAAGCACCGAUAGGGGUGUGCUGAAACACUGCUGCUCCGUGUGUUAGUGCUUCAGUGUAUGCAGUCACUCCAGGACUACUCUAAAGGACAAAUCACUUGUUUUUUUUUUUUUACUACAUUUUUUCCCCUCUUACUGGCCUUAUUGAUACGGACACAUCAACUCAUGCGCUUGUUUGUAUACUGUUCUAGUGUCUUCUACGGUUUGUGGAAGGGACUUGGUACGGCCCCAUGAUCUGAUGCUCAUGUGUUUUCAUUUGGCCCGCGGAGUGAUUCACUUGCCCUGGUCAAGGAUGGAUGUGUCCUCUGCUUGUACAGGAAGCCUGCUCUGUUCGGCCAUGUCAGGGCUCUAAACGGGGAUUCAACCUGGAUCUUCAGCUUGGAGAAGCCUGCUGCCGCCUCUGACCAGCAAACGCAACCAUAGUGGACAUGCAUCAGCACAGAAGUGUGUCUGUCUCUCUCUCUCUCUCUCUCUCUGUCUGUCUGUCUCUCUCACUCUUUUGCCAGUGACCCCUUGGACAGGGUGUGAACCACACAGAGUUCUGCUAGGGAAGUGGUCUUCCUACACUGGGUAAUUUCACUGUGCGGAGGGCAGGCGGACAGGCAUGUAGCCAGGCAUGCCAUCUAUUGUACAGUACUGUGGACACUGAGUUCAGACGGCCUGUGUAUUUCUACUACCGUUAGAAUGCAUCAGAUGAUGGACAGGAGGAGAAAACAAUGUCUUUAUUUUCUUUUCUCCUGUUUAAAUCCAGUCAGUCCAGUCCUGUGUUUGAAAGUGAGCCGAGACCUUUAGUACUUUUGAUCGUGAAUGUUUUGAUGGUGUCAGUUUAUCUCUUAUUUUCAAUGAUCUAUCUUCGGGGGUUUACAGGGUAUACAUGCUGUCCAUUGCUGAUGUCAUCAUACAUCUGAAAGAUUACUGGAGGACGGUGGUGGCAUUAUGGUCUCCAGACAUCCAAUCGAGAGAGCGGUCUGUGGGUGUGAUGGACGGCACGAAGAGACAAGUGACACUUUCUCACAGUUUUUAUAUCGACCACGUCUGUGUUUGUUGAGAAUGUUUUUGGAUGUUAAGCACUUAGUUGUCAAUUUGUUCACAACGGCAUUUUUAGGAAUCUGUUUCGGGCAGGCGAGAAUGGACUGGAGAAGACGAGUGUAGAGUCCUACUGUGGAGGCGUCCUCCUUUAACAUCUCUUUCAUUUGGUCUUGCCACCGACAUUCUUUAGUGCUCCCAAACUCCAGCGACAAUCACAGUUCUAGUGAAACUUUACCUAGUCCGCUUUGAGUGGGUGGAGACCAACCUUAAAGCUGCUUUAGGGCAAAUUUCCCAGCAUCAGAGUUGGAAUUUGCUUGCAUUAAAGAGGUGACAAAUGAAAGCCAUCAAUGUUUCUAUGCCCCUUGGUCCAUGGCGGUGCUGGCUGUAGCUGUAGUGUGAGCCCCAGCUGGCCUGCUGGAAGCCCGUCUCUUGGAGGGAACUCCUAAUGUCUCUAGGGGCUGCCUGUUGUGACAGUCUGACCUCUGAUCUUUUACUGUCUAGAGGAAGAGGAGCUCUGCCUUACGCCAGGCCAGAUGCACCUUCUUAUCGAGACCUGAUUUUGUACAGUUAUAAGAUAUUUCUAGUGUUAAGUGCCAUUUAUUUUACAUAAUACAGUACUGAAGUUACCAAGUGACGCACAAUUUUCUUUUUCAUUUUUUCCUAUCAUUUUUCUUCAUGCCAGGGUUAUACGUGUCCAUGCAGGGAAAUGUUGAAACCAAGAGCAGAUGAAACGUCCCUGUUUUGAUUUUUUUUCUAAAUCUGUCACAGCCUUAGCUCUUAACUGUCACAUAUUCUGUCAUGAUCCUGAUUCAGAGGAGGUUUAAAAGUCCAACAGUUGGUGUUCAUUUACCAUGUGUGAUUUGAAAUUUGUACCCAUUUUAAAGGCCAUCUCUUUGUUGUUGACGCGGUAUAUGACAGUGUUCAUGGCUUGUAUUGAGUGUCGAAGCAAGAGACGCACAGCUAUUCUCAGUGUGACUGUUGUUGAGGGCGACUGCGGUGUGUUGUCCGGUCCACUAGCUGAGAGCGGGUUGAGUUAGUCAUGAUGGAGACUUGUUAGUCAUGAACAUGUGUAACAGUUGUUGGACUGCCUGUGCUCUCCUCCCCCUUCAUCUUCACUGGAUAAUGUACCGCUUCUUACCCUGGCUACCUCAACUGGUCAUGUUUUACAUCUAGUCAGUCAAGGUGGAGGUCAAAUUAGACGUUUUUAACUGGGCCCAAUAAAACAGUUUCGGCCUCUCUACUUGUAUAUCAAUUUACUUUUCAUGAAGUCGUUGGGAGAGCAAAGUGACAGUACAUUUUGACAUGAUAGGAAGACAGAACCAUAUCUACAUUUUAGCUAAAUAAAUAGCAGAGGAAACUAGAAGAAUCAGUUUGAAAUGUACUGAUGUGUAUUUUAAGGAUUUAUAUUUUUCCCCCUCUGGUUUCUGUUUGUUCUUACACUGCUUGCUUUGAUUACUGUCAUGUCACUCUCCGUGCUAGAAGUUAGCCUUUCAUUUGUAAUGAACAUAAUUAUUCAAGACGAACGAUAAACGAAUUAGUCGAAUGGCCGAUGCGAUCCCUGUAUUGUACCAGGGUGGGCGGGAGAGAUGGCAUUGACAAAUGUUCAACCAUAUUGUGCAUAAUGAUUUCUUUUUUUUAUUAUUAUAACCCACUGUAUAAUAGCAAGGAUUGUAUAUAGAACUGAAAAGAUGUAAAUAUUUAUGUGGCUUGCUGCAAGGUUGGUAUUUACAGAAAAACUAUUCGCACUGUUUAAUUCUACAUGCCCACCAGCAAGCUUUGUGGAGAGCAGUGUAACAAUGAAAAUUCAAAAAAACACUGCCUUAAUGUUUAAAUAAAAAGCUUAUUGCCAUUGAAACUUA